ACCUCACGGAAACACUUGCUUAAUAUCAGGUUUACCAUCACACGCUGUCUCUCUUUCUCACUCUUCAUUACUCUUUUGUUAGCUUCUGUAGAAGAUAGAGGAACUGGAGCACUUAGAGGCAAACAAGCACAAUGGAUGUGAUCUCUAAAGAGGGUCCGCUCUUUUUGCAGGGCGUCAAGUUUGGGAAGAAGAUAUGGCGGAAAUCCUGGCUGAUUUUGUUCGAGCCCAGCUCUUCAGGGAUCGGCCGUAUGGAGCUGUACGACAUGCGUGAUAGAGGGGGGCUGAUGGGGUCCGCCGCUGCGAGGCCUUCAGGGCUCAGAAAGACAGACAAACGGGUGAUCCGCCUGACAGACUGUCUGAGCAUCACUCCAGCCCCAGGAGAAAGCUGUCCCAAAGAUUGCUCCGCCUUCUUUUUAAACACCACCUCAUGCACCUACACCAUCGCUGCCCCCUCGCAGGAGAACUGGAUGACUAUUCUGUGCCAGCUAGCAUUUCAGAAGACCCAGACAACCGAAGAUACCAAGAAAGAUAAAUACACAACACCGGCUGACAAUGAACUGUACUCCACCUGGGGAGCAGGUCAGUUCCAGGUGACAGUGCAGAGCACAGAUGCGUCUCAAAGGUGCAGGAUGUCUGGGUCUUACCUGCUGUCUUCUGAGAAAGAGGCUAUUUGUCUGCUGGAUCUUAAGACCGGGCAGGCCAUCUACCAUUGGCCCUACAGGCUUCUCAGGAGAUUUGGCCAAGUCAAGGGGGGAAUUAUGAUAGAGGCAGGUCGUCGCUGUCACACUGGGGAGGGCCAGUUCAUUUUCUUGUCAAAACAGGGGUCACAAAUAAAGAGGGCCAUUGAGGACGCAAUCAUGCACCAGAGUGUCCAAGAACUGCUGGCACAAGCCACUGCUCUUCCACAAGAGUUCGCGUCCCAGCCUCCCUCGCCUAAAAGCAAACCGCAGGACAAGCCUAAGGUGAAAAAUCUUCCUCCAAUCAGCGGGAAUCAAGAUCGACCGCUCCCACCAUUACAAUACAAACAGCAUAUACACAAAUCCACUGACGAGGCACUCGUGUUCAAGAGUCUCCAAGAGCUGCUGCCACCAUCCACACCCCUUCCACAAGCCAUUCCUCCCCCACCACCUUUACCAAAAUUCAAACCACAGGGCAGGGACAAAACUAUGGUCAAUAUGAAACUUCAGGAUAACAAGAAUCAAGAAAGACCUUGCCCACCUGCACUGAAAAAACCUGGGCAGCCAAUACACAAGCUCAUUAAAGGUGUUCUCGCAUACCAGAAUGUCCAAAAGGCAUCAUCCACUCCUUCUCAACAAAACCCUCCACCAGCGCCACCCUCGCCUAAAGCCAAACCACAGGACAGGCCUAAUAUUAAAAAGCUACCUCCGGUCAAUACAAACCAAGAUAAACCCUUUCCAGUGCCACGCAGAUACAUCUCCUUACCAGAUCCACCACCUUGCGUCAAAAGCCCUCCAAGGAGCCCAGAUGAUGUUUUAUAUUCAGUGAUAUUUCCACAACCAAAACCAAGAUCAAAAAUGAAUCUCCCAAAAAUUCCAACGCCUCCCAGUCUACCACCAAACAUGGAUACAGAUGUAACCAUGAAUAAAGAGAAGGAGUGGAAAUCAGCACAAGAACCUUGUGAGGACAACAAUGAAGAGGCUCACUACACCAACUGGUCCGUGACGCCCACUGCCGAGCAGGAUCAACCCAAUAUUGAGGACAUAUAUAGUACAGUGAAUUUCGCAGCUAAACGUAAGAACAGACAGACUGAGGGCAGUGAUGAUCAAGAGCAGCCUAACACUGAGCAACACGUUCCAUUUAUCACUUCCAGUGAAAUCCCUGCCAACUUCAAACAGACCCUUUCUGAAAUGCUGUUUAAAGAUCCGUCCAAAAUGCCACCCCCAUUUCCGCCCCGGUCACGUGGGGGAAGUUCUGAUCAGUUAGACCGAAUAGAUGAGCAGAUGACUGAUUGAGGUUUCUAUUGUCUGCAGUUGAGGUCAGUGUCACUGCUUGCCUGAUUAAUGUGUGUGAUAUCUGUUUUAGUGUAAUAUAACAGAUACAUUUAAAGGGGUCAUAUGAUGCUUUUUUAAAGAUCAUUAUUUUGUGUAUUUGGUGUAACAGAAUAUGUUGAAAUGCUUUAAUGUUCAAAAAACAAAAUAUUUUUCAAAUACUGUACAUUAUUGUAGGUCCUCUAUGCCCCACCUCUCUUAAGCACGUAGUUUUCUACAAAGUCCCUCCUUCUAACAAGAGCCGUCUGCUCUGAUUGGCCAACUGACCCAGUGUAUUGUGAUUGGCUGAAAACUGCAAGCACUUGUCUGAAAUGUAACGCCCCUUUGUCAUAGCAAAGUCAGAAUUACCUCCUCUCCCAGGAUCACGAAACGGUCGUCCAUAAAAUGCAUUGCUGUACUGUUGUAAGUAAUCUUAAAGAUUCCUGAAUACAUCUACUUUCAGAAGGCGAAAUAAAGUGCUUUUUCUUUUGCCUAGAAACACACUGCGUCUCCCUGACAUGACUGCUUCAACACUAACUGCGUUUACUGAAACCGUGCCUUCUUUCUCUGCGUGAACAUUUGGGCGGCAUUACGCAACUAUUUCCACAUAGUGAUGUAGACGUGGGGGCGUGUUUAAACGAGGCGUUUUAUGGGGGUGUGGCAGAUUCUUAACUUUGAUAAAGAAUAUCUCUUUGGAUUUGAGACUUUAGCCUUUGCAACUUUACAGAUCUUCAUGCACCAAGAGCUUAUAACACUCCAAAGAGAAAGGAAAAAUUGAAAUUGCAUCAUAUAACCCCUUUAACAUGAAUAAUAGUUAAGUUUUAGCAUAAUUUUUUAAUAACAAUUCACAGAAUAUGUACUGAGAUGAUUAAAUAUAAGGAAAGUGUAUGCUUUGAAUGUUUAUGUAAAUGAUCUUUAUUGAACGUGUCUUUGUAAGAUAUAUUGUAAAACUGUGUAGAUUUAACCAAUAUAACACAAGUCAUUUAACGUUUAGUUGUGAUUCGGUAUCUGGCAUGACAGUAUUGUUUUGUUGAUUGUCUUUUAACAAAUCCGUUAAGGUAAAUGAAUAGUUCAUCCCAAAAGUUGCUAGUCCCCAUUGACUUUCAUAAUAUUAUUUUUUUCCAUACAGGGGAUCGGCCACUGUAUGGUUAUCCACAGGGACGU